AUGAACAACAAAGAAUCCCCUAAUUCACCCAAAACCUUCGCCAUCCCCGAACCAACCGUGACCUUCGUCCCGGAGACCGACCCCUCCCACCCGAUAAUCCUCCUGGAACCCUACCAUAUCGACCUCCUCCCAGAAUACGACUUCAUCAGCCAGGAGUACCUGAUCUCCGGCACCGCGCAGGGCCACUCAUACUGCACGCGCCUGCUACUCCGGCGGCCCGCAGACCCCGCCCAGUUCUCGGGGUUCGUGGUCGCCGAGCCCUCGCACCUGUGGGGCGGGACGAGUAUCUGGCGGCAUGUAAAUCGGUGGGUUAUACGCAAUGACCACGCCUGGCUCGAAGUCGACUCGCAAGCCCCCUCCGCUAUCGGGAAGAUCAAGAACAUCGACCCGAACCGCUAUGCAGCCAUGGAUUUCACGCCUGUACCGACCAGCGACGAGUUCUCAAUAUUCCUGUCGAGGACGGGAGGGAGGAAGAACCUAUGUCUAAAGAGGAACUAUAGCAAGCAUACGACACUCUCAAAGUGA